GUUGGGGAAAGGAUCUAGAUCAGGUUUCGGCACGGAAACUUUGGGGGUCGUUCAUUGGCAUUCCAGUGAUGGAAUCAGGCUUUCGAUAUCCGGUCACGUUUUUGCAUGUCGCUGCCGCUGCUUGCUGUUCCGGUCUCAAGAUUCAAGAACUUCUCAAGACUCUCGCUAAUUUUCCGCUGCCGAUCACACGUACGGAUAGCUUGAAUAAGAAACCUUGCCCAACCCUGUCAAGCACCCACAUGGAUAUCCCCGAGUCACCAACCUGUUGGUUCCAAACUUCCAACAUACUUUGGGAAACGUCGCCCGCGUAUACAAGUAACAAGAGCUGCGGCAAACUCCGUUUCUCGACAGCAGGGGGUAAGGGGGGGGGGUUCGUCUGCUCGAAUCCCAGGAUAUGGGAACCAGGACGGAAUGGAAACCUGGCGUGCCUGGGCAAUUACAUUACCCCCCCACCAUACAUGACCCGUCACCCUGUAAGUCGGGGCGGUUGUCAUCAGAAUUCCCAGGUUCGCUUUGAUGAUUUUCCUUCUGCCAAGUGAAUACUCCGGCAGGCAAGGACUUUGAAAAAGCGUAUGUAGCUUCUGGUUUAGGCAACUCACCCCCCCCCCCCCC